ACAAGUUGGCAUAAAUAUACUGCCAUGGAUCCACGAUAUCUUGCCGCAAGUCAAUGCUUUACCGAAUUGCAUUUGCCAACAGCAAAUUCAACGCCAACCAAUUUGCUGGCGAAUUUGACAUCCACAUCCCCGCUUUGGCUCAGUGGCGAUUAAAUUAAUUUCUUGAUUUAUACGCCGCGCUUAAUUGGUUUUGAAAAUGGAUUUUUGCCUCGAGGCAGCAACAAGCGUGGUCACUAAGUUGUGGCACUCCAAGUCAUGUCACUGAAUGUCACAGAUUCUAAACAAAUCGGGAUAAACUAAAUUGUGCGCACAUUUUAGAAUGUACCGUUGCAGGUCUACAUUUUUGGCGAAUUUGCUUGCGUUUUGUCAACAUUGUAGCACCGUCCUUGUUUGCAUAACACUUGCCACGUUUUCUGAGUUCUAUAUUUGGAAAUGCAAUUUAGUGUAUGUAAUUGUGGGUAAGCAUUUGUAAGUACGUACAUCCGAUCGUUUUAUUGACAAGCUUGACAAUUGUCCACAAGUUGGUUGUGUGCUUGUCAAUUAUUUCAAUUAAUUGGUUUUGCAUAUGACACGAGGAAAUCUACUCAUUUGGCGCGCAAGCGAAAAAAAUCAAAACGAAUAUUAGUUAAACCACAUACUAAUAUACAUACGAAUAACAUACAUACACACAUACAUAUAUAUGUAUAUUCAUCAAAAUAGUAGUUAUAAGCAAAUAUUUGCUGCAAAGCUAUUGUCGUUUUUUACAGUUACCACAGUCAAUUGAAUUUUUCAUCUGCAUCACUGCAGGCGGCAAUUUCACCGCUGCAACCAGUUGACAUUGAAAUGUCAUAAUUAAAAUGAAUUGUUACGUUGAUAAGUGAAUUGUUGCUGUAUUUACUGUCAUCUAUUAACAACAAUACAACCAGCUAGAUCUGAUUUCAUUGCACUUUGCAUACGAAAUUCUUAUAGGAGUAGUUUGUGUGUUGUGUGUUGGCGAUAUUUUACUGGUGCGCCAACCAAGAAAAAUACUGAAAGCAUAAGAGUGUAUGUCCAACAUUCGCUAUACUUAUCGUUGCUUAAAACUACUUAAACAGGUAUCAUAAUAUUCCACUAUACCUCAGGCAGUUCAUUUCAUGAUUAUGGCACCUAAUUUGGAAUCCAGACCAGCUUCAUUGUCUGCACUACCUAUUUUUAUAUAUUAUAUGUAUUAUGUUUAUAGCCGCAGAGAUUUUUAUUUUGCAUGUAUCGUUGCUAAGUAGUCUCUAGUAGCUUACCAAAUAGCCAUCGCAUUUUUUAAACUGAAAAUUUCAACACUUUUCUAUACAAUACUGUUAACACUAAACAUAUUAACAAUAUUACAUUAAUAUAUACACCCAAUCACAUACAUACAUAUGUAUGCAUAAUACUACAUAAUAAAUAUUUGAUUAAUAUUCAAAGCGUCGCUGUAGCCUUAAGUUAAUUGCCGUUAAAGAAUUAUUAACUAAUUUGUCCUAAACAAAUAAUUUGCUGCAUAAAUAAAUACGCAAAAAUAAUCAGUUGCCAAGUGUACAGCAAGUUUUAGUUAUACUUGUAUGUAUGUAGCUGUAAGCCUUAUGCAGCUUGUAUCGCUUUAAACUCCAUUUUUUAUUUAACUUAUUACGCGUUGCCUGCUUUGGAACGUGUGCGCAACGGCACAAAGUUGUGUGCGCUAGAGCCACCCACCGAUCGUAUUCAACACACAAACAAAUAAAAGUGCAACGGAUGUGUGUUCGGCAACCGUUUGGCCGUACGCCAAGAUAGCCAUUGAUUAUAGCGCUUUAAGUAGCGGGUGUAUAUAAAUUACCAUCCCGUAAACAGUUAUCCCGGCUAUCCGAUGAAUCCGACUAACGGCAUGGAUACAGAAGAUGUCGAGUCCACUUCAAGCAGCGCCAUGUCCAGACUUGGCACACUCUUCUCAUUCACAUCGCCGGCAGUUAAGAAACUGUUGGGCUGGAAACAAGGCGACGAAGAAGAGAAAUGGGCCGAAAAGGCGGUGGACAGUUUGGUGAAAAAGUUGAAGAAACGUAAGGGUGCUAUUGAGGAGCUCGAACGCGCUUUAUCCUGCCCUGGCCAGCCUUCGAAAUGUGUUACAAUCCCACGUUCUUUAGAUGGACGCUUACAGGUAUCUCAUCGGAAAGGACUUCCACAUGUUAUUUAUUGUCGCGUUUGGCGGUGGCCAGAUUUGCAAUCACACCACGAACUAAAACCACUUGAGAUUUGCCAGUACCCAUUUAGCGCCAAGCAAAAGGAAGUUUGCAUCAAUCCUUAUCACUAUAAACGAGUUGAAAGUCCUGUACUGCCGCCGGUGUUGGUGCCACGCCAUUCAGAGUUUGCCCCCGGUUUCUCAAUGCUACAUUUAAAUCAGUCAAUGUCUGAACCUCCAAUUCCACCCAAUAUGAAUUACUCUAAUAAUGGCUUUAACAAUAUGAGCCCUAACAGUCCGCCUCUAACAUCAGCCGGUAGCCCUAGUACGGUAAACUCCAAUCCUAACUCACCAUACGGUAGUUUGGCAGGUACACCACCGCCGGCAUACAGCCCCUCGGAGGACGGCAAUUCGAACAAUCCUAAUGAUGGCACACAACUGAUCGAUACACAGAUGGGCGACGUGGCCCAGGUGAGCUACUCAGAGCCAGCAUUUUGGGCUUCAAUUGCUUAUUAUGAGCUCAAUUGUCGUGUGGGUGAAGUAUUCCACUGCAAUAAUAAUUCAGUCAUCGUCGACGGUUUCACAAAUCCAUCGAAUAAUUCAGAUCGCUGCUGUCUAGGACAGUUAAGUAAUGUAAAUCGUAACAGUACCAUAGAAAAUACACGCCGUCACAUAGGAAAAGGCGUUCACCUCUAUUACGUUGCUGGAGAAGUAUAUGCCGAAUGUCUAUCCGACUCGGCAAUAUUUGUGCAAUCUCGAAACUGCAAUUACCACCAUGGCUUCCAUCCGAGUACCGUGUGCAAGAUACCACCUGGCUGUUCUUUGAAAAUUUUCAACAAUCAGGAGUUUGCUCAACUUUUAUCGCAAUCCGUUAACAACGGUUUUGAAGCAGUUUAUGAAUUGACAAAGAUGUGCACAAUCCGAAUGAGUUUCGUAAAAGGAUGGGGAGCCGAAUAUCACAGACAAGAUGUAACAUCCACUCCUUGUUGGAUAGAGAUACAUCUGCAUGGACCAUUGCAAUGGCUUGAUAAAGUAUUGACACAAAUGGGCUCGCCACACAACGCCAUCAGUUCCGUAUCAUAAGAGCAAAUGGAUAUGUUGUCGUUUCUUAGUUUUCUAUUAUCACUACUUAGUUUUUUUUUUUUUUUUUUAAUUUGCUUAUGAUUGAUCUGCGCUGAUUUUAUCAUUUCGUUUGUACUACUUGUUUACACAUUUUAUUUAAACGGCUUAUAUUGCCGUUUCACUAUUACGGUAUAAAGGAGAACUUAAGAUAAAUAUAACGAAAUAAUUGGCAUCAACAUAGUUUAGAUAUUAAUGUUUUAUUACUUUGAUUUUUAAGUAUCGUAUAUAUAUACCCAAAAGUACAUUUAUACUAUUUUUUUAUAAUAUUACAAGAACAACUAAUUUAGAUAAUUUUCCAAAAAUAUUUUGUUUGCAAAUUGCGACAAGCAGGAUAUAUAAUUUUUUGUGUAAUAAUAAAGUUUUAUUAUUUUAAUUUUCAUUCGUAUUUGUCGUUUUAUUUAAAUUUACAUUUAUGAUUUCAGAAGCAAUUGAUAGUUUCCAUGAAAUGUAAGUAAAUUUAUAUAAGAUGUAAUAGUAAAUUAAUUGUGGAACCAGUAGAAAAUAUAAUAUGAGUACAUAUGUAGGAUUUAAUUUAGUAAUAGUAAAUUAGUUAAACUUCAAAUUAUCUCAACGCUUAUGUGCAUGCUUACGCGUAUAUAUUCAUACACAACACAACUACAAAAUGUGCUACAUACAUACUUAAGUGCUUUUGAAACAUGCCUUAUCCAAAUGCAAAUUAUUGAACAGCUUAUAUAAUACAUAUGUAAAUAAGAGAUCUUGGCCAAUAAGUGUAAACAUUUUAAAUUGUAUUACUAUAUAGUUUUAAAAAUAAGCACUGAACCGAUCAAGUAGCAAAAAAGCUACGAAAUGCAUUAAAGUUCAUUAAAAUUUGCUACAAAGAAAUAAAUGCCUUCACAUAUACAAUGUAUUUACAAAGAUAUUUUAAAUUUGCUAUGUAUUUUAGGCUAUUUGAGCUCACUUGCUUUGCGUUUUGCUACCUAUAUGUUGUUAUAUGAUAAAUAAAUAUAAUGUAUUGUAA